AUGACAGAGCAGCAGCGUGAGUUUUGGAGAGGAUGUUGUUCGUAUCCAGACGCACAGACGUUGGAAAAGCUCGUGGAUGCCUUUCGACAGUUGUUCCGGAUUGGGGACCCAGGGAGCAUCAGAGUGACCGUCAACUCGGCAUCUUGGACUCCCUGUGUGGUGGCGUUCACGAGAUGGUGCCUCGGUAAGCCUCCUGCGAUCUUUCUGGACAAUGGCACACCAGUCCUUGAUCAGCCUGAUUCUCGAGUUGUCGUUGUUGCAAGUCCGGACAGCAACCAGGGCCUUCGUCUCGAGAUCGCGAUUGAACACUCCAUUGGCCGACCAACUGAGCUGAUUGUCGCGGAUGAACUGAGUAUUCAACGAGUAGAGAGCUGGAAGACCGUGGGGAUGAUGGAUGUCGAAAGCUAUGGCCAAUGGCUGCUUCUGGAAUUCGAUCUGGACAUGGGACCUGCCCAUCAAGCUUUGACACAAGCCCUUCCCUAUGUGAUCCGGCUUGUUGUGGAAAAUCUGCGAUUUCGGGCUAGAAGUGACACGCCUUUCCCACCCAUAUUGGAUAAGGAUAUCGAGAAGUUUCUCUUGAGUCCCUUCCGAAAGGAUAAGGUGAUAUCGAUUGUACUCUCACGCAUGCUCGGGCUCUCUGAGCCCACUGUACUGUGUUCCCUGGAGUCCGGUCGAUCAUUCACAGAUCUCGCUGCUGUGAGUUCAUACCUCUCGAUGCUUGAAGAUCGUUGUUCGUGCCAUUUGUGCUCUCGGUCAUCACCGGGAUUAGAGGACUCUUCGAGUCACCAAAUAACUGAAGAAGAAUACGAGAUCUGGACCGACAGCAUGUGUGAGAAGAGCGACUUCUACCACGGCCUCACACAAAUCGUGGCCGAUGUUCUGGGGAUUUCCUUGUUCGAGCAUUGGGAGUCUCUGAAGGUCAAUCCCGGGCACAAAGAUUUCCAAAAGAACGCGAUCCUCUCCAUGAUCCGUCGAGUGGAAUGCGUCUUGCCCCGUCUCGUCGCUCAUUGGAUGGGCGCUCUCUCUUGUUGGGCACCCAUACGUCGACGACAGGCACGAGGCCCUUCGCUUAAUAUGGAUCAAGACCCCAUCCCCGUUCGCCUUGAUGACACGGUCUUGAAACCAUGCAACCUUUUUCCUGACUGGAAGAUGGUGUGGUUUGUCAAGCGUCUGGACGGCUUUCUUGAGCUUUCGAUGGGGGUUGAAAUCGGGGCAGCUGUUAUGAGACUUAUCCAAAGAAAAACAAUCAAUUUCGCGACAUACACUGAGGUAAAAGCGCGUGGGGCGGCCCGACCCCGUGGACAGAACUCCGUGCGGUUCUCCGUACUUGGGGAUAGACUCAUCCAACUUGAAACGUCACUCCUCUUCCCCUCGGACCCCUCCACAGCCUCAGAACGACGCUCCUCUUCUCCGCGACACAGCUGUACACGGACCCUGGAUGGUCUACCACCACGUUCAUAUGAGCCCACGCCAUUGACCCCUGUUUCCAACUUUGCUUCGGACUUGAUCUUACCCCUCUUCGACCAAGGCGCCACCACCACUCAGAACAGACAGGCGCCUUGCCUCCGCCGCGCCAUCACCUCCGGCGAGGAAGCCGACGACCCCGACAACGAGGAUUGCUCCCAUAUCUCCAAUGUCUUGCGGGCGUAUUAUAUGGAAAAGGGACGGACGUUACCUCCUUGGCUGCCUCCAGACCCUAAGGCUCCGGCUUCCGCACCUCGCAUGGUCGCGACUCAGGCUUCGUUGCAGCAAGGCGGUUAUGGACAAGCGCCAGCCACUCCAGGCCCCCGAGGCGGCGGUCUAGGCGAUCUGUGGGGAGACUCGGGUUCUUCGCAGCCGCCUCCCUCACAGACUGGCAGUCUGCGCAGUCGACCCUCCGCUGCAGCUCGUCCCACGACCCCGGGAAGCCUGCGCCCGGGCCCAGCGCAGUCGCAGGGUGCCUCGUCUCCUCAGCCAGCUGCCCGGCCGCUUCCCAGCCAGCGUGCCGGGUCAUACCAGACUACAUCCUCAGCACAACAGGGCCGUUUGGCACCGGAGAGGACUGCCUCGACAGGCUCUGCGCAGGAGAGGCUGCGGGCACGUCUCAACGGCGCAUCCAGCGCGACCAGUUCCAGUUCUCCUACCAGGGGCCAUUCACCUAGUCGACCGUGGGACCAGCCUUCUUCUGGGUCUGACGGCGGAUAUGGGACCAGUGCGUAUGGCGGAGGAGGACCAGGCAGGAAACCAGUGGGUUUACCGUCUGGACCUAAGCCACAGGGGCCACGAUGA